AUGCUCGGCACAGCAUAUUUAGAAUUAGAGAGUAAAUUAGCCGAAAAAGAGGAAAGCGAAAGGAAAUUAGAAGAGUUAGCCGAACAAGUAAGCAAAGCAAAAGAAGUAGCGGAAAAAAGACUAACGGAACUAGAAAAAGAUUACGAAGAGGUUAAAAAGGUAGCCCUAACUGCCGAAGAAGAUAUUGAAGACCUUAAAAGAGAACACGAGAAAACAUUAAAUCGCUUCAUUCUUGAUUUAUCGCAAGACGAAUUAAAAAAAUCCAGAAGAAGUUCUAGUGCUAGUAGUUUUUCUACUUUACCCCCUUCUCCGAAAAUAGGUUCAACUUCGGCUUCUAAUCCAAGUCCACGGAAUACUAUUAAUUUAGCUUUUGAAUUAUCUAAGCAACA